AAGCGCAAGAACGUACCUUGCAUACUGUCCACAGGUCGCCCGCCAUGAGCUCCUAGGUCGUUCCGUCCAGAAUUGUGAGCGCUCAUGGAUUUGCCGCAUGUGUGCAUUCAGCAUCCACGAUUGCAGCCACUCUACAGCAGCGGUAAGGGUACCAGAAAAAGCCCAAAUCGAGGCACAACUGAGGAUGAAGAUGCUCGCAAGGCGCACGCGCUUUUGGAUCAAAGCUCAAACGACUGUGAGAGCCAAUGUCUCCAAGAGAUCCAAGGGAAUCCUCUCUCUGAGCAAGCCUUGAGGUCCACG